UUUAAAGAUUAUUCAUAAUAAAUCUGUACACAUUUCUAAAUUGUAUUAUAUUUGUUUCCCUAUCUUACCAUACAUUUAUUAGGGCAUUUUCUUUAGAAAAGAAGCCAAGAUUUAUUAGUCAUAUUUUUGAUGUUAUCUGGUGCUUUAAUAUGGCAAAUGACGAAAAUCAAAAUGGAUCAUCAGAAGAUAACGACCGGCAUAGGAAAAAUGGAAAAAAGGAUCAGGGACAGCAGUCAGAGCCCAAGAAGCCAUCAUUUUACAUUCAGCCGGAGAAAAGGGACAUUGGAAUUCAAGCCACUGAUUCCUUUGAUCAGGUUAAAGUAAGAUAUGUCGAGCCGCAAGAUGAAGAUAGUUCCCAUAUCUCGGUUUGGGAAAGAAAAAGAUCGAUCACUUCAUUACCACGCCGAUCGUGGGAGACGGAGGAUUAUAUAGAUUUCGAUGAUAUCCUGCCAAUGAUUGGCCAAUUCGGCCGUUUCCAGGUGAUGCUGUUCCUGUUCAUGAUACCCUUCUGCUUCAUCACCGCCUUUGUGUAUCUGGGCCAGAUAUUCAUGUCCCUAACUCCAUCCAAAUACUACUGCUUAGUGCCGGAACUUGAGCAUACGCAGAGUGUGGAGCUGCGCAUGCAGUUGUCCAUUCCGAGGGAGAAGGAUGGAUCGUAUAGUCGCUGCAGGAUGUACGACACCAACUACACUGAGAUCCACUUCGCAGUGGACCAGAGUGUUUAUAUCAAUACCUCCCUGCCGACGAUUCCGUGCCGGAAGGGAUAUGUCUUCGAACAGGAGGGCCCGCCCUUCGAAUCGGCCACCAUGGAGUUUGGCUGGUUAUGCGAGAACGACAAGUACUCCACGUAUGCCCAGAUCAUCUUCUUCUUGGGCUCGAUUCUGGGAGGUCUGGCCUACGGACACUUUGCCGAUCACUGCGGUCGGGUGGCGGCACUGGUUAGCAGCUGCUUCCUGGCCUUGAUUGGCAGCUUUGCAACCUCGAUGUCCACGGACUUCUUCUCCUUUGCAAUGUCAAGAUUUUUAGUCGGUCUCUCUUACGACACCUGCUUUACGAUGGUAUAUAUUUUAGUUCUCGAGUAUGUGGGUCCCAAGUACCGCACCCUGGUGGCCAACUUGUCACUGGCCCUGUUUUAUUCCCCCUUCACGAUGUUGAUGCCCUGGAUAGCCCUUGCAGCAGGAAAUUGGAGAAGGUUCUCCGCAUGGGCAUCCUUACCCAUUGUGUUGGCGAUGUUUUCCUUCUGUGUGCUAUCUGAAUCUGCACGUUGGCUGGUCUCCACCGGUGAUAUCGAAAAGGCCAUGGAGAUAUUGAAAAAGAUGAUCAGGGUUAAUAAAAAGUAUGUGUCUCAGCAUGUCUUGGAAAUCUUCGAGUCGAGCUGCACGCAGUUUUAUAAGGAGGAACUCUACGGACGUGAUUUUACCGUGUUUUCGAUAUUCAAGCGGAAGCGAACGGCCCUCCAUAUGGUCCUGUUGAUCCUUAUUUGGAUGGCCAUGUCUCUGGUUUACGAUGGACAUGUGCGGGCGGCCAGUGUCCUGGACACUGAAAAUAUCUUUGUGUUCUUCACCAUCGCUUGUGCCACUGAGCUGCCGGGUAAUAUCCUGGUGAUCCUUACUCUGGAUCGCUGUGGACGUCGCUGGUGCUCCUUUGCUUACACCUCGUUGAGUGGAAUAUUCAGUCUGGUCGGGGCCUGUUUGAAGAAUCCAUCGCAUAUGAGGAUAUCAGCGCUAGCCGGGAGAUUCUUCGCCAACAUGUGCUAUAACAUAGGGCUACAGUGGGCUGCGGAGAUACUGCCCACAGUGGUGAGAGCCCAAGGAGUGGCCUUUAUCCAUACAAUGGGCUUUGUGUCGAUGCUGAUGUCCCCACCAGUGGUUUACCUUGCCCAAGUGUCCUUGUCCAAAAUGCUAAUCGUUUUGGGUGUUCUGGGAAUUAUGGGCGGUCUUCUGGCCCUUCUUUUGCCGGAAACUCUGAAUCACGAACUACCGCAAACUCUCAGUGAUGGAGCUGAGUUCGGACGGAAUCAAAGGAUCUGGCAUAUGCCCUGCUGUGGCCCAGGUUCAAGGAAGUCCCGUGCCCGGCAUACUUGGCACCAGGGCUCCAGCUUAAGGACCUUAUCAAAGGAAGAGUUUCGAUCCAGCAGGAUGAUUCGCAAGUCAAGAUCUGUGCCCGAGGACCCAAGUCCGUCGCCCAGCGAAAAUAAAAGCGAAGAAAGGGAAAUCCGAACCUAUAAAUAUGGAAACGGAUAAGUGUUUCCACAAGAUAAGGACGGAGCUUAUCUUUAAGUUAUUUUGUGGGUUUAUCAUUUAGGUACUUGCAAUGGGAAAAUUCUUUUUUUAAGUCAAAAAACAUUUCUAUCAAUA